AUGGGUUCUAGUAGCUUGCUUGAACAACGGCAAGCUGAGGAAAAGGCAGCAUGGGAUGCGUAUUGGAAGGUGCGUGAUUUAGAAUCGCGAGGCACAUUCAUUCCCAGAGCACGAUAUUAUGCCCACAAAUGGUUUGAUGCUCCUGCCACAUGGUUUAGAGAGACAAUUGUGGAGCCACUGAACAACAAAAAUCGCCUUCCAUACUAUCAUCGGAAGCUAUCUCGUGUUCCAGAGAUUGACGAGUGUGGAGUUAACGACAAGGCAUGUUUUUUUGAAGCCAAUGAGCAAUUUCGUUUAGAUAAAAUGGUCGAUGGUUUCAUUCUACAGACCCUACGUCAUCGCGCUGACCGCUGUUUGAACUAUCACGAAACAGAUUUUUCUCCAUGCGCUAAGGUGAUCGAAGAUUUAGAAGAAAAUGAAUUGAAUUUUUUCAUCAAAUACGGUGAAUUAGGAGGAGAGGCGGAUGUGCGUGACGCUUAUAUGAAGCAGAAACAUCGACUAAUCUGGGAGCGGCGCCAUCCUGAGAUUAUGGAAGAGCGGAAGAGGGCUUUGAAAGAACAUAAGGAAAAACUGGCGAGAGGGGAAUUUGAUUACUCAUUCUGGAAAAAGGGAAUGUUUUGGCAAGAUAAGAAGAAUUAUGAGCCGCCGUACGAAUUCCACAUGUCGAAGGCUUCUCUCGAAGGAGACAAACCUUUGUCUAAAGAUUGGGAAUACUAUAAAAAGGUUGCGCAAGACCCAGAAUUUGAUAAAGAACAAGGAAAGAAGUCAGAGUUCCACUUGUUUUAGGUAUAAAGUCGAUUAUGUUUGUAGCGCAGUCAUGUCUAAAAGCUUAGAAUUCAGGAAUUUAGCAUAGAGCGACAAUAAAGUAUUCAUGGCAUG